AUGCUUUCUAUUGCUGCUCGUUCUAUCAAGUCUACUGGCUUAAAGUCUGUUCGUCCUUUGACUUCAAUUCGUACCAAGGUCACUUUACCUGAACUUCCUUAUGAAUAUGAUGCAAGUAGCUUAAAGUACGCGUCAAAUGCUCUUGAACCUUAUAUCAACACUGAAAUUAUGAAGCUUCACCACUCCAAGCACCACCAAACCUAUGUCAAUGCUUUCAAUCAAGCUGAAGAAAAGCUCCAAAGUGCUUUCAAGGCCAAUGACUUGAGCCAACAACUUGCUCUUCAAAACGCUCUCAAGUUCAACGGUGGUGGUCACAUCAACCACACUCUUUUCUGGCAAAACUUGGCUCCUAAGGGCAAGGGUGGUGGAUCCCUUCCUAAGGGUGCUUUAGCUUCUGCUAUCUCUAAGGAAUUUGGUUCUUUUGAAGAUUUCCAGAAGCAAUUCAACACUGCUGCUGCUGGUGUUCAAGGUUCUGGUUGGGCCUGGUUGGGUUAUAACAAGGCUCAUAAGCGUCUCGAAAUUGCCAGUACCCCUAACCAAGAUCCUUUGCUUCAUUUGACUCCUCUUUUGGGUGUUGAUGUCUGGGAACAUGCCUACUACUUGCAAUACAAGAAUGUUCGUCCUGAUUAUCUCAAGAACAUUUGGGAAGUUAUCAACUGGGAAACUGUUGCUGAACGUUUUGCUAAGGCUUCUUAA